AUGUCUUCGCCAAACAGUGGACAGGAUUUGUUUCCCGCCUUGGAGACGCUCUCAAGGCUCAUUGCACCUCACGUCAAGAGCGUCAUCUUCCUCGCUCUCAUCCUCAAUCAUUUCCCGCUUCUCCCGGAUCUGUAUACCUUGCUCACGUCGCAGACCUCGGCUCCACUUCUUCUCAUCGCCGCGCUGUAUUUUGGUGGUGUUUGGGCGCUUCCAAGUGGUGAUGGAGAGAACAACAACAAUACCUCUUGGGCUUCUCUUCUCGGGCCCUUCUUUGCCCUUCAGACUGUUUCCAACAGAAUCGGCACUUACUUCAAGAUUGGUUCCUUGAUCUCGCUGGGUUAUUACCUCCCGAUCUACUACAGCAUCCCGUUCCCAUUCCCAACCUGGGUUCGGUUUUUGUUCAUGACCAUUGUCGUCGCCGUCUGCACCGUUCUGUACCUUUUUGCUCCCGUCACAAAGAUUUACGGCCCUCUUCGAUUCUGCUACCUCGAGCACGCGCAGACUUAUUGGAUCCUCCUCAAUUGGUGGUCGCUAACGGCCGUCUUCAUCUUCUUUUCGCCCACCCUCCUCCCAUUCUUUGGCUUCGGUCUCGUCGGAGUGUCUGUCGGCACUUGGGUCUAUAUUUACUACGCCUACCAAGAGCAGCUCCGUACCAUCUCGAACCAGGUCACGCAAGAAAUCUCACGGGCCAAGGUUUCGGCCGCUGCAGCCCAGCAAUAUGGUGUAUCAGCCAGACAAUAUGAGCAGGAGAUGCUGACCGCUGCCGCUUCCGCCCGACGUGAUGCCGUUCUCGCAAACGCGGUUAGACUCUCCGACUUUUUCGACGUCGCAUCUCGUGCUUGGUCUGCUUUGGGAGAGACGACCGCUCCUGCCGAGGAUGCCAUCAUCAAGGCGCACCGACUUGUUGACGCCGCGAGUGCUUGCGAGGAAGCCGAGAAGCCCGACGGCCAAAAGAAGGGAGAUGCCCAGACGGAGCGACUGGCCCGAUAUCUUCGACAGACAGCUGAGAGCGCCCAAGAGAGAGCUAGAGAGGCUGUUGCACUCCUCCGAGACGCCCAAUCCGCCGUCCGAGCAUCCGAGAACGCAACCCGACAAGACGCAGUAGCUCGACGAAACGCCGAGUACAGCGCCGAACACGCCGCCGGAACCGCCAAGACCAUCAGUGAAAAGAUUGCCGGUCUGCCCGACGCUGAGCUCGCAGCUGCAAAGGGCGCCAAGGACGUGACGAGGCUGGGCGAACAGGCCAACGCGGCGGCCUUGAACGGAGAGUUGAAGACGGCCCGCGAGUUGGUCGAGUCGGCCAAGACUGCUGCUGAUGGUGUUGAGACAUCGACGCAGACUGUCCGCGAUGGACUUGAGUCCGUGCAGAAGAGUCUGCAGCAGUGGUUGCAGAGCAGCCGAAAGGGCAUGUAA